AUGGUCGACCGGGAUCUCGAGAUCGACAUCGAGGGGGUUGACAAGGUCCUUUUGUUGAGACUUCUGCAUGAGAGCGCAAGGUCAUUCCCAAGGUCCGCCAGACGGGCCUUCAAUGAGCAAGAGGCACGCACAGCGGUCACACAAUACAUACAUUAUUUCUGUGGCUGCUUAAUCGCCUGCGACAUAUCCGGAGAUAAGGCCCGGCAUACCUGGCGGUACGAUUGGUACGUGGGAGAGGGGUCGUUCGAGGCCACGGUUGCAAUCGCCCGCGAAAUGAUGCCGACAUAUCAUGAAGCACCGCCCCUCUGGCUGAUCGAUGAGUUGGACUGCGUGAAUAUUCCUGCUGCUACUGCCACUGCUACUGCUGCUCCUGCUACUGCUACUGCUGCUACUGCUACUGCAGCGAUUGCCACUGAUACUGCAGCACCAGCACCAGCACCAACAACAACCAAAUCCCUCGGCGAGACAAGCUACGUCGGGGGUCCGCCACGACUGGGUGGUACCAGCAGGCGGUAA